AGGCGCUGUGCAUCAUCUCCUGUAGCCUCAGCUCCAUACAGACAGUGAGAGACAGCCAUGGAGAGGUGGAGAGCGGAGUGUUUUCUUUGUUAUUUUUAAACUCUUGCAAUUCGCAACAAUGACACUGCCGGCUGGGACUCGUGUCGGUCCAGUAGGCCGAUGCACUCGAAAGCAGAAAGGUUUUCACCGGAGUUUUUUUUCAGGGGCAUAAGUAGAAUUCUGGAUCGAAUAGUUGUGCAGUGUGAGCUCUACGGGGACGUGGUAUAUGGAUGCUGGGACUAUGAGCAUAAGCGACAAACGGGGCUACUUAGCAGACCUAGGAGGCAGCUUCACUGAGGACGCUCCCAGACCUCCUGUCCCUGGCGAAGAAGGAGAGCUUGUGUGCAGUGAUGGUCACCAGCACAGCACCCUCGGCUUCUCCUCGAAGAAUGAGAGCCUCAAGUGUGAGCCGUCUGUGGCUACACCCAGGCGAUCUGACUUGGACUUGGGUUACGAGCCAGAGGGCAGCGCUUCGCCAACACCACCCUACUUAAAGUGGGCAGAAUCUCUUCAUUCCCUCCUGGAUGACCAGGAUGGCAUCCAGCUGUUUAGGACGUUUCUCAAGCAGGAGGAGUGUGCAGACAUGUUGGACUUCUGGUUUGCGUGCAGUGGUUUUCGGAAACUUGAAGCUAAUGAGAUUAAUGAGGAGAAGAAGGUGAAACUGUCAAAACUUAUAUAUAAGAAAUACAUCCUGGACAACAAUGGUAUUGUCUCCAGACAGAUCAAACCGGCUACCAAAUCCUUCAUCAGAGACUGUGUGAUGAAGCUUCACAUUGAUCCCGCAAUGUUUGAUCAGGCUCAGACUGAGAUACAGACUAUGAUGGAGGAAAACACCUAUCCUUUAUUCCUUAAGUCUGACAUAUAUUUGGAAUACACACGGACAGGGGGUGAAAGCCCCAAGCUGUACAGUGACCAGAGCUCAGUUUCUGGCAAUGGAAAGGGGCUAUCGAGCUAUUUACCACCUUUAAAGGAAUAUGAGGAAUGGAGAUGUGACCAAGGGUCAGAGGUGCUGCCUGAGUGUGACCCCACGGCGAGCAGCCGUCUUACUCAGAAGCUGCUGAUGGAGACGGCACAGCAGCGGGUUGCCAGCAGCACAAGAUUCCAGGACAGUCACGAGUACAGGCAUGCACCAUGUCGGGAGACGAUCAACCCAUACUAUGUCAACACUGGCCAUGUUAUGGCUCCUGCCACCAGCGCCAAUGACAGUGAGCAGCAGAGCAUGUCCAGUGACGCAGACACCAUUUCCCUUACAGACAGCAGUGUAGAUGGGGUUCCACCCUACAGAUACCGCAAACAGCAUCGGCGUGAGAUGCAUGAAAGCGCCAGAGCAAACGGGCGAGUGCCACUACCUCAUAUUCCACGCCCAAACCGGAUUCCAAAGGAUAUACAUGUGGAGCCAGAAAGGUUUGCUGCAGAGCUGAUCAGGAAGCUGGAGUGUGUACUGAGGGAGAGGGAGGCUCAAGAGAAACUAGAGGAGCGACUGAAGAGAGUACAAUUGGAAGAGGAAGGUGAAGAAGUCAUGAUGGCCACAGCAACAACACUAUCCAGUCACAGGUUCCCCCCUGGUGCUUAUUCACAGAAUUACAACUCCCGCUAUGCUGACAGUGGUCCUUGUCUUGGAGAUAUUCAUGAAGAAAACCCUGAGAGCAUCUUGGACGACCACGUCCAGCGAGUCAUGAAAACCCCCGGCUGCCAAUCACCGGGAACUGGCCGUCAUACUCCCAAGUCACGCUCACCAGACGGUUUUCCAGGGAUCAAAGGGAUGGGACAACCAGGGCAGGGUAAGCAUCCAUUCAGGCACAGUUUCAAGGGAGAAACUAGCCACCUGUACCACCACAAACAUGUGCACCACAACCACCACACAGGCGUGGGCAAGGCCAAAGAGCAGGUGGAGGCUGAUGCAGGCUUGCAUGUGUAUGGGAGCUUUCCCUGGAGCACGGAGUCAAGUCAUUAUGGAUCAAAGUCUCGCAGCUAUGCAGAUGGCAUGGGAUCCAACCCUAUGGAGUAUACAGGUGGGAGAAGUGGUACACAGUGUAAAAGGGUAUUCAAGAGAAGUGAAGAAUUGCGGCCUUAUGACAUGCCAGGGCCUGCAGAGGAGAUGGAGAAAAAACAGAAGAUCCUUUUGUGGCUGAUGGAAGGACAGAAAGAAAUGGUUCAACACAAGAGGAGCCCAUAUGGGAGUACCACUGGAUCCAAAAGGCCCGCUGGCCAUGAAGCAUCCCGCCUCAGCUCAACAGACCGGUCAGGGUUGAUGCAUCCAUGCAUCAGCGGCCAGCUGCGGAACAACGUGCAGCCGUCUCACCCUUUCAUACAGGAUCCCACCAUGCCCCCCAACCCAGCGCCCAGUCCUCUCAUCCAGCUAGAGGAGGUUUGCCGGCGGCUUGAGGAGGAGAAGAUUAAGUCUGGAACUCUGCAGCCCAAACAAAGGUAUGUGAUGGAGGUGAUCCAGAGGGGUCGCACAGCAGUCAGGCCUGCACAGUUCCCUCAGCUCAGCGUUGUCCCUGCAGUUUCAGACAGCGAGCUCUCCGAGCCCGAGCAUAAACCCACUAAAAAGCAGCCGUGUGAAAACAUUACAGUGGCGUACUACUUCUGUGAGGAGCUGAUACCUUACAGGACGUCUGUCAAAGGGAGGGUUGUCACGCUGGGCCAGUUCAAAGAACUGCUAACAAAGAAAGGAAAUUACAGGUAUUAUUUCAAGAAGGUAAGCGACGAGUUUGACUGUGGGGUGGUGUUUGAAGAGGUACGUGAAGAUGAUGCUAUCUUGCCCAUCUUUGAGGAGAAGAUUAUCGGGAAAGUGGAAAAAGUUGAUUAAAUUUUUAAGGAGAGAGCUGACUAGCCUGCAUCUGAUGGACUGAGGAGCAAGUGGAUGGUGAAGAGGAAGUGUUUUAGGAUGGAGUAGGAUAAGAAGAAAAAAAAAUGAUUCGGCACAGAUGGAGCCAGAGUGGUCAGUGACUUGUGUAGCAUGGCUACAGUGAAGUUGGACUAGAAGAAGAAAGAUCUAAUCUUCUUCUGGUGAAUGUAAUGUAGCAUUGUAAAGUUUACUAGAAAAUGAGAACAAAAGUGCUACUAAUGCUACAUAUUUUUGAUAAUGACUUGUUAAAGGGUUUCCUUUCUAAAAAAAAAAAAAAAAAAUGCACUUGUAAUUUUUAUAUGUAUUGAUACCAGAUGUGUACAGUUUGUGUUAAAUGACAGCAAAAUUUUAUAUCUAUUUAAGUAUUUAAAAUGCUACUUUUAAACCUAAUUAAAGCAAAAGUGUUGUCCCUUGUGAAGACGAUCAGAAUCCGUGAUAGGGCUGAGUUUUCUUUUUUCUUGUUUUUUUUUUUUCAACUUGUAAGAGCCCUCUGGACUCUAAUGUUUGUGAUUUUCAAAGUGCUUUUAAUACUCGUCAGAACUUUAUUUAGUGGCAUUAAAUCAGGCUGCUUGUUUAUUGUUAUAUACUACUGACUCAGUGUAGGCCUUCUAAAGGAACAUGCAGAAAAACAGAAACACCUGUACAGUACUGCAAGCCAGUGCAGGAAUGUCACAUUUUAACAUUGGAUUUUUAAGAGGUUUGUGGCCAUUUUUGACACUGUUGAAGGGGAUUAAUUGUUGCAUUAAAUUUUAUGCUGUUUAUUUAAAUAUGUUACCUAACAAGGAAUGCUUUUUAAGUCCUGUGCAAAAAACAUCAUAAUGUCUGCCUCAGUCACACUAGAGUAAAAGUAUGAUGGCAACCUCCUUGCAAAAAAGAAGAAAAAACGAAAAUCUGUGAUUGCAUUGAAUUUGUUUGCUGUCAAAUUGCAAGUAGUUACAGUGACCAGCUGGUCUCCCAGAAGUUUAACAUGCAACACUCUCAACCUUUGGGUUGAGAGUGUUGCACAAAGCCAUUGCAAAGGUCCAGGCAAUUGUGGUCUGACUUGGACUGACUGCAAUAAUUCUUAGACAAAUUGACAAAUAAUGCAGACAGACUGGAACAUGUUUGCGAUCUGAGUCAGUCUUCCUGCCAUUCCAUCUCUUUGCUAUAUGGAGCUCGACUCAGCAGGUUAUCUAACGCUUAUGUCAUUUUGCCGUUAACUCGCCAUCCUGCAGCAAACUGCAUCACUAUGUUUGGAGGAAUUUCUGUUUCAAAUAUGUGAAGUUCUGGCUAGACUCUGAAUGUAAGUAGGUAAUGUGAAUUUUUGUACAUGUAGACGGCAACAGGUUUGCUCUUCUUGGUGAUUUAUCAUGGUUAAUCACCAUAUUAUCACAAAUUGUAUGUAAUUACCAACUUGACUCCAUUCAGUCACAAACUGAUAUCAGACUCACUCAGCCUAAUUGUCAUUUUUAAUUGCCAUCACCAAAGUUGCUUUGAAGACAGUAACUUACUGCAUCACAGAUCUAGUUGAAGCAACCAUUACAAAGGCAGCAAAAUUAAGCAAGUUUAUUACACAUGGUCACAAUAAUUUUAGUCUUGUUGCAGUCUACAGCCACUGUUUUCCCUUGUAUAGGUGAUUGUAACAUUAGAACAACCACUUCCUCUCUAACAUCAACUCUAAAUCAACAUAAAUUGCCCGUCAUAUGUUUCACAAACAUAAGAUGCUCAAUAUGUAAACCAAUAAAACAGUAAUGCAGUUUUAUUGGGUUUGAUUAUUUUUCCUGUUUGUUGUAUAAGGCGUGUAUGUGUAGCUUAUUGCUAUGUUCAUAUACAUUCAUCCACUACACUGCUUUUACCCAGCACAGUUGACAUUUUAAGAGAAUUGCCUUAGACUAACAGUUGACACAAGAUGCAAUAAUACUGUCAAAAAAGAUAUGAUUGAGAAUCCCAACGUGAAUACCUAUGCAACUCGGUUUAUAAUUUUGGUGACCGAAUCCAGAAAACACAUUAAGCAUUUGUAUUAAUAUGAUAUAGAGGUAUAUUAAAUAGAAAAAAAAAUUAAAGGCUUCACAUAAGACCUGUCAGGCUAUAAAAAGCCAGUAUCAAAAAAUUAAAUAAAGCCAAUAUAUAAAACAGCAGUGGAGGUCCAAAGGAUUCACAGAUUUUUCUUCUGAUAAUUUAUUUGGCAUUGUGUAAAAUUGUCAUUGUCAGUAAAAUUUUGCUCGUCUGGGGUAAAUUUUGUGUUAAUUUCUAGUUUUGGGAUUGAAUCUCUAUUCUCAGUGCCAUAUCUCUUUAUAUCUCUAUAUUUAAUAAACAAAUAUAGAGAUAUAAAGAGUUCCUGAGGGCUAUUUGACACACACAAAUGUUGCAGAUGAGUUCAUUUUGUUUAUUAUUAUUUUUUCCAACUUUGAGGUCCUUAGUUGGCUGAUAAAUUCAGAAGGGACUGCACUAAGAGCUGAUGUCUACUGUAUAGCCUUGUCUAGCUUAUAACAGCCACAUCUUGUGCCUGGCAGGACGUGUUUAAUGAUUUAAUAAAUCUGUGACAAACACGUUAAACCAAAGAGGAAAAAAGUAGGCGAACACUAAAAGUCUUGUUUCCAAAAUAGGAUGCUGUGUAAAAUGUAAGUGAAAGCCUACAGCACUGAUUUGAUUUCAGCAGCAUGUUUCGAUGAAGUUUGGACAGUUUUCAUAUAAACACACACUGUGUCCAAACUUUUGACUGGUACUGCAAUUGCAGGUUUCCAGUAUCAUUCAUAACAUUUGCCUGGAAAACAUCAACUUGCAAAACGUUUGUUUAGUGUUCUUUCCAUUUCAGGACAGAAAAUACAUUUCUCUCCACCAGUUUACAUUUGCUGUCUCCUUUAUUUUAUUAUAUAUAAACACAAAAUAUAAAACAGGUUUCUACUGGAAUAGCUCACCAAAUUAAUAUAAAGGUACAAACUCAACUAGGGUAGCAAUGUGACAUUAAGAGCCAAGGCCUCCAUGGGUUUAUUUGCAUUCUGUUCUUUAUUGUGCGGAAGCCUUGAGUGAGCAAUGUGCUAUAAUAAACAUGUUGAAAUGGAAAGACUGGUGGGCCUUGAAUUCACAGUACUGUAUUGUAUGUGUUAUGUAGAACAUCAGUGUAAGGAAUUCCUGCUUUUUUUUUUUUUCUCGACAUGCUGCUUUUUUAGAUUUCUAACAAAUCAGUUUAAUAUAUAAAGUGCAUUAGCCUUUUGUUAUCCUUUGCCUGUUAAAUUGUGCACUUAACAAAACAUUAUCAGCUUCAAUUAUUUCCAAAAUUCCAAAAUUAUUUCUCUUGAAAUAUCAACUCUUAUCAUUCUUACUGUAAAAGCCCCAAAAGUGAACUUCUCUUAUUCAAGAUCAGUGUGUGCAUAAUAAACAGCAGAGUGCCUUUAUUGCUAUGCUAGCGAUGUAUUCAGUGCAACUUUCAGAAGGAUUAUGGGGACUAGCUUUAAUUUUGCAUUGCUGCGUCUUCUUUGUUUUACUUAAGCGUUUGUUACGGUUCCACCUUUUUUUUUUUGUAAAUAUGUAAAACUUAAAUUGUCUUCAACCAGCAGCCCAGUCAUCACAUUCAGUACCCUGGACCUGUUUCUGUUCACUGACUAGCAUGGUAACCAUUUAAGGUACCUGGACAAUGAAUACUUGCAAUAAAACAGCUCUUGUGUUCUAUAUAAAAUGUGCCAUUGUUUCUUUAUUUGCUGAACUGGUCACAUAGUACUGAGUGCUGUAAAUCAGCACACCUAAGAGUGGCAGAUUCUGUAACUACACGUUAAAGCAAGUGGCAACUCCAGGAUGACGUAGGCUCCCAA